UCCUAGAGUGUUUUUUCCCCAAGUGUUUUUUUUUAUUACUUGGACUAUUUCUUUAUGUUGGAUGCCAAUACUCUUGUACGGCUUCCAAUAGCCAAAGAUCUAUCUUUCUCUAUCCAAGCAUCCAUUUUUAUUCCUGUAGGAUGAGGGCCCACUUCAGUAAGCAAGGAGGUAAAUGUUGCAGGAAAUGACUUCACUGUAAAUAUGAUAAUCAUACAUGAAAAUAGUCAAAGAUUUUCCACCAUUUGUGUCUCAACAUGACAGGCUUAUUUGGUGUUUUGUUUAUUUGCUCUUCAGCUUCAACUGUGUGCUAAAUGUAGACAGAAUGUAUUCAGGAAGCAAGCAACAGCAAAAACAGUGCAAUAYCUUUUCCCCUGGAAGCCUCAGACCUAGCCAUAAACUACAAGGAACACAUCAUUCAGUUGCUUAGUAACAAGGAAAAACAAGAGAAGGCUUGAAGUGCUCAGUUUAUGCAGGCCAGGCUGACAGAAAAAUGCAAAAACACAGGUCCUUAGCUGUAUCCACUUAAAAAAACCUUCCUGGUUUUUAUUUACAUAGCUCUUGGUGGCUCUUAUGUAUAAUUCACAGCCAGGGAGAUGGAAGGAUCCUCGACAAACCUUGGGAGAGCGUUCCUGUGUCUUAGGUCUGGAGAUUGCACCCUCUCCGGCUCUGCACUGAUCUGGGUGGUGGACGAACUUCAAUACUGCAUGAUGGCCAAGGGAAAGAGGAAGUCAAGCGAGCCCAAAGGCCGGAAGAUCACCCUAAAGAUGGCUAAGCUGGCCCUGAAGCUGACCGUGGAUGGCAAGCGUCGGCUGGACCUCAGCAACAUGGAGAUCACCACCUUCCCCAAGUGCAUCCUGAAGCUUUGCGAUGUGGAUGAYCUGGACCUGAGCCGCAACCUGCUCAAGAAGAUCCCAGACUCUAUCGCCAAGUUUGUCAACCUCUGCUUUUUGGACCUCCACAGCAACCAGCUGGACCAGGUUCCGAAAGCUAUCGGGCGCCUCCAUAACCUAUACAGCCUCAACCUGUGUAACAACUGUCUGAGCACUGUAGGACUCCCCAAUGAGAUCGGUCUCCUGCGAAAGCUGAGGAGCCUCAACCUGGGCAUGAACGUCCUGGAGAGCAUCCCAUCCUCUAUCGCAGCCCUCAAGGAGCUGCGUCACCUUGGUCUGUUCAACAACCACCUGACCCGGGUACCUGAGUGCCUCCGCAACCUGCCCUACCUGGAGACCGUCAACCUGAAGUGCAAUCCCAUCCCCUUGGAGGAUGACAAAGGRAUAGACCCCAUCCAGAGGGUGGAGUGCCUGUACCUMGUGAGGGAGAGCUGCCUGUGUGCCUGCUGCCUCCAGAAGGUCAAAGACGACAGGCAAAGGGUGAACAGCAGGCUGAACAGAGGCCCCGCCCACAGGAAGUCUGUCUUUGCCGGCCUGAACACACCCAACUCGGUGGUGCAGGAGGACCAAGCCAUCUGGAGGUGAUGGAGGAACCAGGUCCUCAAUAGGUCAUCAAAAGGCCACUAAGGACAUAUUAUUUAGGAUAAAAACAGUCCAGGUGCUCUAUUGCAAUAGCUACUUAUUACUUGACAAUGUAUAUUAGGCAAAUCAGGAAUUCUGGAAGAAGAAACAUUACAGGGGUUMCAGUCACACAUAACCAGCCUUCUAUAAGCUGCUCGGUCUGUGGUUUGUUGUACUCUAUCGCCCUCUAGAGUUUGGAGUCCUGUAGUGUUCUCCAACAGACACUGCACUGGAAAUCUARCUUAGCUUUACCAAUACUACUUUCYUUUGCAUAUCAAAUG